AUACGAUACGUAUGAUGGAGCUAAAAUGGAUUCGCGACGGAUGAAAUCGACGAAGAUACGGUGAUAUUAAUGGGUGAAUCGUUUUCGGGCGAGUAAGGAACAAUCGCGCCUUCGGUAUUCGUACCACCCCUUUUCUUUUUCGUCUGUCUUCAACCGCGAGACUAUACAGUAGGGGGCGCGUGCGCGCGUAGCCCCCCUCGCAAAGCGGACGGAAGACUGCUUCUUGGUGACGUCGCGGCUAGAAGGCUGCAGAGGAGAACGAGAGAGCGAUCGAGAUACUUCUCCCCCACCAGCGGUUUCAGGGCUCCCGAAUAUCUCUCCAUUAGCCCCCCUGACGGUGCUAUCCCCUCUCCUUGACCCCUCUCUCGCCCUCUUUCUCUCUCUUACGCACACCCCUCUCAUCGGUUCCUGUCACGUCGGGUAGCAGCCGGGCAACACUACCACACGACGAGCGCCAGCGGCAGAGCGGAGACUCGACGGAGACGCAAGGAACGGGGUUGAAGAAUCGUACGCCGACGGAGAGACCAAUCAAGGUUUGACGAACGGCAGGGAUUGGUCGAGGCGCUCCUCUGACACGCAGAGAGCGCGGGCACGUGACAAGCUACCGCACACACCGGCCUUCCGUUGGAUCGUGGCGAAGCCUUCAGUACGAUACCAACCACCCUUCGCGCACGCAACAAGAACGGCGGCGAACUCGCGUGCGGGUACACACUCUUUACCCUUUACCGUGAAGUCGAGCUUCUACCGCGUUGCCGUUGCCGCGAUAUAUAAAGCCGUCUGUUAAGUGCAACACCUGUGACAACAUUCAAGCGCAAUUAAUCAUCGCAUAAAUAAUUUUAAUGCGCGUACAUAUGUGUUACUUGACAUGUUAUUUCAUUGAGAAGAGACUUUACAAGGUCAUCUUCAAUGGGGCGCCUCGAUAAGCUGUUCGUUACGCGCUACUGCACGAUGGGCCCACGAGUUCUCUGUAGGUAAUCGCGACUCUUGAGCUCAUAAAGAAGCAGAAGACAGUUUUAUAGCCCAGGCCCACGUGGCCCUCAUAAACUUGACUCGCAGGUCGGUUCGAAUUCAGGCUCGACCCGCCUGCCGCCAGACGUCUGCCUCUCUCUCUAUUAGUCCUGAACCCCUCGUUCAUUAUCGAAUCGCUUAGGGACGUGUUUCUGUCGCGUGUAACAGGUCGUGAUAGCUGUGAAUCGUUCGACGAACAAGGUGAAAUUUGUACUUGGAGUAGCCGGUCACGUGUGUCUGUCGCGCGAUUUUUGUCAUUGCAACACGAUGACAAGUUUCUAUACUUAAUGACGACGCGCGUUGUUGAACCGCCUCAACCAAUCGAACACAACGUCAGUGUUUUCGUGAAUGACGGAACAUAGACGUGCACGAUAUUGAUAUAGUGACGUUGACGGCAGGUGAAGGUACGUGAAGAAUGAGUUCCUAUCAGUUCGUCAACUCGCUCGCAUCAUGCUACGCGGGUCAACAGCCACAGCAACAGCCAAGACCGACCGCGAAUUCACCUGGAGAACCGAUGCAGGCAGCAUCGCCGGCUGGUGGCGAGUACUACAAUCCAAAUGCAGCCUCUACCAGCUAUCCUGCACCUUGUUAUUCGCCUCAACAGCAUUAUCCUCAACAUCCUUAUGCCACACCGGCGUCGGGUAUGCAACAUACAGCACCAACAGGAAUGAUAGACUAUACUCAACUGCAGCCGCAGCCUCGGUUAAAUGCGACUACGACGUCACAACAACACGGUAUGCACGCUCAACAGUCGCAACAUCAUCAGCAACCACAUCAUCCUCAGCAACAACUUCACGCGGAUCCAACAACACCUCUUCUGCAGGGUGCUUCGGCACCCUCAGCACCAUCAACGUCCAGCUGCAAAUAUGCUGAUUCGACAUCGUCCACCAGUGUGGCAUCUCCGCAAGAUUUAACCACAUCUACUUCGAGAAAUAGUCCAACGCCCUUAGUCGCACCUGGUACAAGUAAAGCCGCAUCAGGAUUGACUUCACCACCUGGUAGCUCGUCAAGGUCGUCUGUGGCUGCGUCCGCUGCUUCACCACCGAGUGGUAGCUCGAGGGGCGUCGGCGAAGGAAAUUCAACGUUGACAACAGCAUCUUCUGCUUCGUCGCCCGCUUCCUCUACAUCCAGUACCUCUAGCACGGGUAAUAAUUCGUCCAACAAGGGGAACACUUCUGGCACUAACCCGCCUCAAAUAUAUCCAUGGAUGAAGAGGGUUCACAUUGGGCAGAGCACGGUGAACGCGAACGGUGAGACGAAACGACAAAGGACCUCGUACACCAGGUAUCAGACGCUAGAGCUGGAGAAAGAGUUUCACUUCAAUCGCUAUCUGACAAGGCGGCGUCGCAUUGAGAUCGCGCAUGCUCUCUGUCUCACGGAACGUCAGAUAAAGAUCUGGUUCCAGAAUCGGCGUAUGAAGUGGAAGAAGGAGCACAAGAUGGCGAGCAUGAACAUCGUGCCGUACCACAUGUCGCCGUACGGGCACCCUUACCAGUUCGCGCCCCACCCCGGCCAGUUCGCUCACUUGGCCACAUAGGACGAGUUCUCGCCCGCCGAGCUCGGAGCACACGCUGUCCGGUUCCCCGGGAUGUACGGCGAGCAGAACUUCUAAAAGGCUUUUUCCGCCUUGGACCCCGCGCUACGUCACGACGCUGUCACUUGUGACUUGGCGGGGUCGAGGGGGACUUCACUUCCAGUAGGACACAUGGUGCGUUCCGCUGAUUCCGCAAUACCGAUGAAUUGGAUUGUCGCCUGAGA